AUGGCACGCUGGCUUGAAAACUAUGCUAAAUCUACAAUACUUUCAUCUAUCAAACUUUGGAACAAUUUGGACACUCAUUCUCUUCAAGUUUGCAUAUUUUGUUCUGUAGGUAUUGACGCCCCAAGACGUUUUGGAGUGUUAGGUGAAGAGCUGCCAAGUGCACGUGUCAUCAGUAACGAACUACAUAAAGCAGACGGACAAUCGCCAAGAAAUGACAAACUGACCAUGAUGGUAAUGCAGUGGGGUCAGUUCAUCGACCAUGAAUUUGUUUCAACACCAGUUAUGAAAGACACAAUGGGAGCUAAUAUCGAUUGUUGUGAUGAAGGAAAUGAAAAUAGGACAGAGUGUUUCCCUAUACGUAUACCGGAUGAUGAUCCAUUCUACAACAGGACUUGCAUGAGUAUGGUGCGAUCAGCUCCAGUGCUAGACCAUGAUUGUGAACCAGGAUUCCGGGAGCAAAUGAACCAAGUGACGUCAUAUAUAGAUGCAUCGGCGAUUUAUGGUUCAACUGAAGACCAAUCAAUCUCAUUACGAGCAUUCGAAGGAGGUUUACUCAAGAUUUACGAAGACAAUGAAACAAACAGCGAACAAUUACCGCCAGAUACGAAUGACAAGUAUACUAUCGAAGCGCCAAAAGAUCGCUGUGCUCUGGCAGGGGAUAAACGUGUUAACGUAGUACCAGCUCUUGGCUGGAGCCACACAUGUUUCAUGAGAGAACAUAACCGAAUUGCACAAGAGCUUGUUGGAAUAAACGCUGAUUGGGAUGACGAAACGAUAUUCCAACAGACCAGGCGCAUAAAUGGGCAGCAAAAUUACAGGGAACAUAUUUGUGUAAAGUAUGAUAUUAUAUUUCAUUAUUGCAGCAUUUUUGGAGACGGGGUAAGAAAUCUUUUAUUUAAGGACAAAAAUGGAAUCAGUCUAGAUCUACCGUCACUUAAUAUACAACGUGGACGAGACCAUGGGAUACCCGGAUACAACCACUGGAGAAAACAUUGUAACCUUGGACAAGCUAAUAUGUCAUACGAUGGAUCGUUUAUAUUGCCUGAUCAUACGGAAGAACAAAGACUCAAGAUACAGAAUAUCUACAGUCACGUUGAUGACAUAGAUUUGUUCCCUGGUGCAAUGACAGAAAGUUUACUGCCUGACAGCUCUGUAGGACCAAUAUUUGCUUGUUUGUUAGGAAAACAAUUAAAAAAGUUGCGAGAAGGCGAUCGAUAUUGGCACGAGACACAAGAUCCAAUCAUAAAGUUUACUAAUGAUCAGCUAACUGAGCUUCGUAAAGUAUCAUUUGCCCGAGUAUUGUGUGAUAAUUUUGAUGUUAGUCAAGUCCAACCUGAUGUAUUCCAUGUACCCGGAAUUGGAAAUGAAAGAGUGGACUGUGACCAGAUUCAAGGGAUAAAUUUAGAAAAAUGGGUUUCGUGCGACUUCCUCCCUGAUGGAAGGCCACAUUUUAACAGUUAUUGUAGAAAAAAGCGUAAUCGUGAGUGAAAGUGUGAAGAGCAAGGGAAGCAU